CUAAAGAAAAGCUAUCAGGACCUAAUGAAGUAUAUAAUUGGAUAACCGUAAACAACCACGAAUAUCAAGGAUAUCAUAACCAAUUAAUAGCCCAUAACACCACUGAUUAUAAUUCAGAAGAAAAUCAUAGACAACACACAUUUGACCUUAUAGAUCGAUACACAAAAAAUAACAAUGGAACAGAUAACCCAAUUUCCUCUAGAAACCAUACCAACAACAAUAAAAUUAGCACAAAAAGAGAAACUUUAGAAGAAACCGGAAUACUCAUUUACCAAGAAAAACUGAUAGAAAUCAGACAUAGUUAUUAUCCAUCCAAAGAUACUAAUGGAUAUAAUACUACAAGCGCAACUGAAAUAAAAAUAUAUAUUCACCCUUCUAACAAUCAAGAACUACUACAAAUGGAACCUAAUAACCAUGGAACCUGGAAAUAUUAUACCAAAGCAGAAAUAUUAGAUCAUAUUAUAAUAACACCCAAACUACAAUUACAACUUAAUCUAAUAUUCUACUCAAUAGAAAAUUAUCAAAAAUACUAG